UUAAAACAAUUUUAAAAUAGGCCAUUCUUUCAAUGUGUGCCUUAUUGCGUGUAAAAUACGGUAAAUUGUUGUAUUAAAAUUGGAAGUGGUUGAAUUGUCAAAGCAAUGGAAAUUUCCAUACAAAUACAGAAGAGGUAGCAAUUGCGUGUUGACUGUGUACAAUGUAACUUAAGCUCCAAUGAGCAUGUGAGUGAUAAAGUUGCCUGGACUUUGAUAUGUUCGAUCCUUGAAACCGAAGAGAAAUGGCGGAGGUCACCCUUUUGCAUAGAGGGACUUCUUGGCUGGAUCCUUUUGAGGGGCUUUUGUUGGAGUAUUCGCUGCCGCAGUUAUGCUCCGAUGCUUUUUUCCUGCGUUUCGACUUUACGGACGCGCCAUGUCUGAGGAUUCUGCUCAGCAAAUGCCUGGGUACCGUCAUCAUCCUGGGAUCAAUGUUUGUGAAGCUGCCUCAGAUCGUGAAGCUGAUGGGCGCCAAAAGCGCCGCGGGCGUGAGCUUCCUCUCGCUGCUUGGUGAGCUCGUCGCCAUCACGGGUUCGCUGGCUUACAGCGUGGCCCACAGCUUCCCGUUCAGCGCUUGGGGCGAGGCGCUCUUCGUCAUGCUGCAGACGAUCACCAUCGGCUUCCUCAUUCAACAUUACGGAGGGAGAACCUGUCGAGGCGUACAGGUUGUGCUGCUCUACUUCGGUGUGCUGGGGUUCCUGCUGUCUCCACUGGCCCCCGCGUCCCUGCUCACCGCCAUGCAGGCCUCCAACAUGCCCGCCAUUAUCGUUAGCAGGGUGAUUCAGGCGGCCACCAACUUUUGCAACGGACACACGGGCCAGUUGUCGGCUCUUACUUUCAUCAUUUUGUUUGCUGGCUCACUUGCACGCAUCUUCACCUCAGUGCAGGAAACGGGCGACACCCUGCUGGUGGUCACCUACGUGGUGUCGGUGGCCUGCAACGGCCUGGUCGUCGUGCAGGUGCUCUACUACUGGAAGGCCACCAAAAAGUUCCUACAAGACCAACGGGAGCUCACACAGCCGUAGAUGCUGCCCUGCUCCCGAAUGACCAACAUGUGCCCUGAAGAAAUUUGAUAUCCGUACAAAGGUCUGUGGACGCUUUUUAUUCGGAUGAUCAGCUUGGUGGACUCGCCGCGGAGGUGACGGAUGCCAUCUUGCAGCUGACCUAAGGAUUUAACGACAGCACGGACGAGUACUUGAAGGACUCCCGGAACGCCAAGAGAGCUUUCAAGAAGAAAGUGAUGGCUCGUAUUAAAAGAGGCGGCCAGUGCGCUCAUUGACAAAGUGGUGGAGUUUCACGGGAACAGGCAAGAGCUCCCGAAGGCCAUUCAGACGGUACAUCCAGCAAAGGACUGCACGAGCACGACAACAAAACAUUUCUCCCCCGCCCGCCCCCCCCAAAAAAAAUCACGCAUGACGAGUUAGUCAGUUGGCAGUUGUCUUUUAAACAUGUAACACCAGAAAUAAGGUCAUACAAUGGGCAGACAAAGAAUGGUAAGGUGUUUAAAUUUUUUUUUAAAAAACAAGCACGUUCAGAACAAAAGCUGAAAGAAUGACGAUGGAUAGUAAAACAUUUUUCAAAAAAAAGGAUUGACGAGUAAUAAGGCUAUUAAAAUAAAUAAAAAUACAUUCGAGAAGAACCUCAAAGGCAUCUUUUGUAUUUAUGUAAAGAGAGAGGGGCGUGCAGAGGGUGGGGCCAUUGGGGCGGGGCCCCGGGCAUCCACACCACCCUGAAUGUGUAUUUACGGGCAUGUGGAUGGGAUUGAGGGGCAUCCAUUGGGGAAAACUUAUCUGCCGCACCCCCACAGGGUUUCAAAUUGGGGUUUUGAACUGAGAUUAGGGUCUCAAAGUCGGAUUUUAAUCUGGGCUUAGGGGUUCAAAUUGGGGUUUGAAAUAAGGGUUAGGGUAUCAAGCUGUGGGUUGGGGUUUGAAAUUAGGGUUUUAACUAGGGGUGGGGUUUGAAUUUGGAUUUCAAUGUCCAGUUAGGGUUUUAAAUAAGGGUUUACAUCUAGGGUUCAAAUUUGGGUUUUAAGAUGCGUUCGGGUUACAAACUAGGGCGAGGAUUUCAAAUUUGUUUUUUUAAACAAGGGUUAGGGUUUCAAAGAGUGGGUUUUAGAUUAGGAUUGGGGGAUUGAAAUUAGGGUUUCAAAUAGGGUUAGGUUUAAAAUCAGGGUCAGGGUUUAAACAUAAGAUUUUAAAUUAGGCAUUGGGUUUCACAUGACAUUUUACAAUUCGGGUGAUGAUUUUCAAUUAGGUUUUAACACAAAAUUGGAUUAUGAUUUCAAAUUAGGGUUUAAAACGAUGGUCCGGGUUUCAUGCCAGGUUUAGCGUUUCAAAUUUGGCUUUCCAACUAGGAUUUAAAACUCGGGUUUUGGAUUACGAGUCGGGUUUUAUUACAUUCGUUUUACUAUAAUAAAAAAAAACUAAGAAUAGAGAGGUCAAAAGUUAUUUAUGACAUAUUUGUUGAGUGCAAGAAAAAAAAAGGUCUUUCAGUCUUGUGUAAUAAAGUACAAGUUCCAAACAACCGUUCCACCUUCCUUAAGCCGAACAACCACACAGCUAAAUAAUCAAACAAAACACUGAAUGCUCACGUCUGAGAUGAACUGACAAAUAAAAAGUACACAUUCCCACAAUA